AUGGUUUCAACAGUAAUUCAUUGUUUCGUAUUCGUUCUAUUCAGCCUGACAGUUCAAGUCAAAUCUCAAAUAUGCAAUGGAAUGUCUCAAUAUGAUCGAUGUUCGCUGAAUAGUGCAUGUGCCUGUUUCCAUAUGGAAGGUGCUGAUAACAUUGGUGUUUGUGGGUUUCAGUUUGUGACUUGUUCUGAAUUAGUUGCAUGCAAUCGUACAAACAACCAUUGUCACGGAUCUAACCAUAUAUGUGUUCAUCAUCCUCGAUGUCAUAAUCUUCCUGUCUGUUAUCCAGUGUCGAUGAUCGGUCAACAAAUCUGUCCACCGAUAACGAUGACGGACACUACAACUGCAAUUCCAACUACAGUGACAACUAGUACUCAGCAGCUGGUGAUUCCUAAUAUUCCUAUCAACGCCCGAUGGGCACAGAACGGGAUAACCGUUGCUGGAGGCCGUGGAUAUGGCAAUGCCAUCAAUCAACUCUACGGCCCUGAAGGUCUUUUUAUUGAUGAUGAUCAAACGAUGAUCAUUGCUGAUGGGUACAAUCAUCGUAUCGUCCAAUGGAAGAUGGGUGAUACGAAUGGACAAGUCGUAGCUGGCGGCCAUGGCGAAGGAAAUCGAUUAAAUCAAUUGAAUUAUCCAAAAAAUGCGUUGAUCGACAAAGAGACGGAUAAUCUUAUUAUCUGUGACCAACUUAAUCGACGAGUUGUACGAUGGUCUCGUCGUAGUGGUACAACUCAAGGAGAAACCUUCAUCGACAACAUCUGGUGUGGGGGAUUGGCCAUGGAUGAUCAGAGAUAUCUAUACAUCUCUGAAAUCGACAAACAUGAAGUAAGACGAUAUCGGAUAGGAGAUAAGAAUGGUACUCUUGUGGCUGGUGGCAAUGGCCAAGGUACUGGUCUCAAUCAAUUCCACAGUCCGAGCUACAUCUUUGUCGAUCAACAACAGACUGUCUACGUGACGGAUAACAACAAUCAUCGUGUGAUGAAAUGGAACAAAGGUGCAAAAGAAGGAAUUAUCGUCGCUGGAGGCCAAGGCGCAGGGACCACUCUGACACAAUUAACAUCUCCUCAAGGACUGUUCGUCGAUACAUUGGGUACCAUCUAUGUGGCAGACACCGUGAAUGAUCGAGUGAUGCGAUGGCCUCAAGGAGCAAAACAAGGCACUAUCAUUGCGGGUGGAAAUGGUAAAGGAGCACGAGCUAAUCAGUUCAACGCUCCCAUGGGUUUGUUCUUAGAUCGACAUGGCAAUCUCUACGUCGUCGAUUAUUUCAAUCAUCGUAUUCAACAUUUUUCUAUCGGAUAG